GCAUCCCGCUCGCUCACACAAAGCCCAGACGCGGAGAAAAUGGCGGCAGGGGUCGAAGCGGCAGCCGAGGUGGCGGCGACGGAGCCCAAAAUGGAGGAGGAGAGCGGCGCGCCCGGCGUGCCGAGUGGCAACGGAGCUCCGGGCCCGAAAGGUGAAGGAGAACGACCAGCUCAGAAUGAGAAGAGGAAGGAGAAAAAUAUAAAAAGAGGAGGCAAUCGCUUUGAGCCGUAUGCCAAUCCAACUAAAAGAUACAGAGCCUUCAUUACAAACAUACCUUUUGAUGUGAAAUGGCAGUCACUUAAAGACCUGGUUAAAGAAAAAGUUGGUGAGGUAACAUACGUGGAGCUCUUAAUGGACGCUGAAGGAAAGUCAAGGGGAUGUGCCGUUGUUGAAUUCAAGAUGGAAGAGAGCAUGAAAAAAGCUGCUGAAGUUCUAAACAAGCAUAGUCUGAGUGGAAGACCACUGAAAGUCAAAGAAGAUCCUGAUGGUGAACAUGCCAGGAGAGCAAUGCAAAAGGUGAUGGCUACGACUGGUGGGAUGGGUAUGGGACCAGGUGGCCCAGGAAUGAUUAAUAUCCCACCCAGUAUCUUAAAUAAUCCUAACAUCCCAAAUGAGAUUAUCCAUGCAUUACAGGCUGGAAGACUUGGAAGCACAGUAUUUGUAGCAAAUCUGGAUUAUAAAGUUGGCUGGAAGAAACUGAAGGAAGUUUUUAGUAUGGCUGGUGUGGUGGUCCGAGCAGACAUUCUUGAGGAUAAAGAUGGAAAAAGUCGUGGAAUAGGCACUGUUACUUUUGAACAGUCCAUUGAAGCUGUGCAAGCUAUAUCUAUGUUUAAUGGCCAACUGCUAUUUGACAGACCAAUGCACGUGAAAAUGGAUGAGAGGGCCUUACCAAAGGGAGAUUUUUUCCCUCCUGAGCGUCCACAACAACUUCCCCAUGGACUUGGUGGUAUUGGCAUGGGGUUAGGACCAGGAGGGCAGCCUAUUGACGCCAAUCAUUUGAAUAAAGGCAUUGGAAUGGGCAACAUAGGACCCGCAGGAAUGGGAAUGGAAGGCAUAGGAUUUGGAAUAAAUAAAAUGGGAGGCAUGGAGGGACCCUUUGGUGGUGGUAUGGAAAACAUGGGUCGAUUUGGAUCUGGGAUGAACAUGGGCAGAAUAAACGAAAUCCUAAGUAAUGCACUGAAGAGAGGAGAGAUCAUUGCAAAGCAGGGAGGAGGUGGAGGUGGAGGCAGUGUCCCUGGAAUUGAGAGGAUGGGCCCCGGCAUUGACCGCAUUGGGGGUGCCGGCAUGGAGCGCAUGGGUGCAGGCCUGGGCCACGGCAUGGAUCGUGUGGGCUCUGAGAUUGAGCGCAUGGGCCUGGUCAUGGACCGCAUGGGCUCAGUCGAGCGCAUGGGCUCCGGCAUCGAGCGCAUGGGCCCACUGGGCCUCGACCACAUGGCCUCCAGCAUCGAGCGCAUGGGCCAGACCAUGGAGCGCAUCGGCUCUGGUGUGGAGCGCAUGGGUGCCGGCAUGGGCUUUGGCCUGGAGCGUAUGGCCGCACCCAUUGACCGUGUGGGCCAGACCAUCGAGCGCAUGGGCUCUGGCGUGGAGCGAAUGGGCCCUGCCAUCGAGCGCAUGGGCCUGAGCAUGGAGCGCAUGGUGCCCGCAGGCAUGGGGGCAGGCCUGGAGCGCAUGGGCCCUGUGAUGGAUCGCAUGGCCACCGGCCUGGAGCGCAUGGGCGCCAACAACCUGGAGCGCAUGGGCCUGGAGCGUAUGGGCGCCAACAGUCUCGAGCGCAUGGGCCUGGAGCGCAUGGGCGCCAACAGCCUGGAGCGCAUGGGUCCCGCCAUGGGCCCGGCCCUGGGCGCUGGCAUUGAGCGCAUGGGCCUGGCCAUGGGUGGUGGUGGCGGUGCCAGCUUUGACCGUGCCAUCGAGAUGGAGCGUGGCAACUUUGGAGGAAGCUUCGCAGGUUCCUUUGGUGGAGCCGGAGGCCAUGCUCCUGGGGUGGCCAGGAAGGCCUGCCAGAUAUUUGUGAGAAAUCUCCCAUUUGAUUUUACAUGGAAGAUGCUAAAAGACAAGUUCAACGAAUGUGGCCACGUGCUGUAUGCCGACAUCAAGAUGGAGAAUGGGAAGUCCAAGGGGUGCGGUGUGGUUAAGUUUGAGUCGCCAGAGGUGGCUGAGAGAGCCUGCCGGAUGAUGAAUGGGAUGAAGCUGAGUGGCCGAGAGAUUGAUGUUCGAAUCGAUAGAAAUGCUUAAGCAGUUGCCUUUUUUAAACAUCGAUACCAGACCUCUGAAUUUGUAUUUUUUCUUGUUAACCAUUUUAAUUUGUUGGCUGGAUGUAUAAAGAUGUUUAAAAAAUUCAGUUGCUUUUUGGGGUAAUUUGAAUUACUUUUUUAAUGACUGGGAUUCCAUUUGACUGUUUGCAUUGAGAUUGCAAUGUGCGCAAUUUUUUUUGUAGUUGUGGCAUCUUGUUGACAUCGAAUAUGACUUUGAUAAUAAAUACCAGUUCCUGAAA